AUCGGUGAAAGGGAGCUGCAGCGGGUGGCUGUGCACUCUGCAACUGCGGUGCUCCUCGCGGGGUGUCACGGAGAGGACUGACGAAUUUCAACCGCGAUAUCGCGCCCCGUGAGAGCGCAGAGCUGGCAGCUCAAACAGACGAGUGCUGUUCUCGGUGUGACGGUUUCAUCAGCAGAGAUGACGAGACUGGGUGCUUAGCGGCUCGCCUGUUAGGUUUCGGCACUGGCUGGACGCAAAUAUGAAGAGAAUAGAAUGGGAAAUCGGCAUGAAGCGUAGGGGAGGAGUAGUUUUGCUUAGCACGAUUCAAAAGCAAGCCGGAUUUUAACGUAAUUUGACAGAGAGGUGUGAUAAGCGGCGUGGAUGAUACUCGAUUGUAGCUUGCUUUGAGAUUAAUUCAUGCCAAGCCGUCUAUUAUUUGUCACUGUCUACCUUUCGUAAGGUGUGUCGCUUGUAUCACAGGGCUAUUGCAGAAUUCAAUAGCGGAUACUGACGGAGUAAAUCAUUGUCUUGAAAAGCUCCAGGAGGUAUUUCGGGGUGGCGCAAAAGCUUUCGUUACAUUUCGUCUCUGUUUAACAAUUCACUCUUGAGAUUUGGCGUCAGUUCACGAAUCGAACCUUGUUUUUUUCAGAAUCGGAUUUUGAGUCUAACCGUUAAACCAUUUACAGUGCAUUAUACCUUGUAUAUACAGCGCUUGAAAUAAUUGACUGGUGGAUGUAUUUGUACAGUUACAAUUCAAUUUUCUUGCAUGAAGAGAGCAUUUUUAUAUAUUCAGUUGGCCGAGUGAGGUAAUGCAGAAACUGAAAAAAGCGACUGAACCUGUAUGAACUACUGGGAAAGUGUACCGAAUUUAAUUCUGCAAAUGUAUACGAACUGAAAGAAAUUAUUCAACAUUUUUCCACCGAUUAAAAGGGUUAUUUCAACAAAUACUUAGGCCGACGAACAUUCAAGACUAAAAUCGUACUGCUUAUGAUAGCACCUUUUUUCUUACUCUGCCUGUACUGCAGGAAUAUCUCUUAACUGUUGUUAGCCAACGCAGUGUUGCAUGCAAACGCCGGGCUUUCUGGGGUUGCUUGAGUGAGUGAAGCCGAGGGUUUAUUUUCCAAACGCGUUUUCGGCCACGCUGCCCUUCCGUCUUCAUAUAGUUUGGCCCUGCGAGCUUGCCGUGGAUAUGGGAGACGGCAUGUCGAAGCGACUCAAGCUGUUGUCAGGUUCGGAUUCGGAAAUGGAAGAGCGGGCUUUCAUCAACCCGCACCCUGACUGGGACCAGGGUACCUUCACUUCAGGCUCUGCAGACGCAGACAGUGCUGGCCCCGAGCACUUUGAUGCAAGCGGAAAUAUUACUGAUGGCUUUAAAAAGAAGGUUCAGAAAAAAAUUGAUAACUUAUUGCAACAAAUGGAGGAAGGUCUAAAGACAGCUGACCCUCAUGAUUUUUCAACUUACACAGGAUGGACUGGUGUUGCCUUGCUGUAUCUCCAGCUUUACCAGGUGAUGGGUGAGCAGUCCUACUUGCAGCGAUCCUUAGACUAUGUGAAGAGGACCCUGCGUAAUCUUAAUGGUAGAAGGGUCACUUUUCUUUGUGGUGACGCUGGACCUCUUGCAGUUGGGGCUGUUGUCUACCAGAAACUGAACAAUGAAACUGAGAGCAAGGAGUGCAUUUCAAAGCUUCUUCAGCUGCAUAGAGCUGUACUGAGUUCAGAAUCAGAUAUGCCUGAUGAGCUGUUGUAUGGCCGAGCAGGUUAUCUAUAUGCCCUGUUGUAUCUAAACAGAGAGAUUGGAUCAGAAACUGUUCCUGAGACCAACAUCAAAGAGGUAGUUGAUGCAAUUUUGGAAUCUGGAAAAAAUCUUUCAAAAGAUGAGCGGAAAACAGAUCGCUGCCCUCUCUUGUAUCAGUGGCAUCGUAAACAGUACAUUGGUGCAGCUCAUGGCCUUGCAGGAAUUUAUUACAUGCUAAUGCAGCCAGAAGCUAAAGUUGAUGUAGAAGUUCUUAAUGAUUUGGUAAAACCUAGCAUAGAUUAUGUGCGACAUAAAAAAUUCAGAUCUGGGAAUUAUCCAUCAUCUCUCAGCAAUGAGACCGAUCGUCUGGUCCACUGGUGUCAUGGUGCUCCUGGAGUGAUACAUAUGAUUUUACAGGCUCAUAAGGUUUUUAAAGAAGAAAAGUACCUGAAGGAUGCAGUGGAAUGUAGUGAUGUUAUUUGGCAGAGAGGGCUGCUGAGAAAGGGAUAUGGAAUCUGUCAUGGCACAGCAGGAAAUGGUUAUUCUUUCCUGUCUCUUUACAAACAAACUCAGGAUAAGAAGUAUCUCUAUAGAGCUUGCAAGUUUGCAGAAUGGUGUUUAGAUUAUGGAACCCAUGGAUGUCGUAUUCCUGAUAGACCAUAUUCGCUAUUUGAAGGAAUGGCUGGAGCAAUUUACUUUCUUUCUGACAUACUGAAACCAGAAACAUCUCGCUUCCCAGCAUUUGAACUUUGACAUGGACACAUCUGAGUACUUUGUUAAGUUUGCAAGCAGCGGAAUAGAGGAGAAUGAAAAUGUCUUUGUGAUACAGAUUAGUGCCUCAAACAUAUGGUCAUAUACUAUAAGGGAAGUGUUUGUGGACAGUACCAAUCUGUUUUGCUUUUUUCAUUUGAGUUUGUUUUGGGACUACUGUAUAUUCACCCUUUCAGUGAAUCCGAAGUAAGUGCAUGGUGAUACAAGUUUGGUGUUUGUUCGUACUGUUUGUCAGAACACAACACCAAAUCAUCAUCUAUACAAGUGUUUAUUUAUGUGCAUGGAACUUGAAACUUACUGCAACUUUUGAAUGUAACACUGAGAUUAAUUCUCAUGUAUCAUAUCCACAACAUGAUGAAUUAAGGUUGAAUAAAGUUUUUAUUAUCCAUUACAUUAGCAUUCUAAAUUUCACAUUUUGGUCAAAAAUGGUGCCAAAAAACAUGUAAUAAAUACGUAAUUCUAGUGUGGUUAGUAAAAAAGUCGGAAGGAAUGCGUCUGUGAUUGCAAGUCAAUGAUUUAUUAAUAGCCACCUGACUCGUGAAGUGAACUCGUGUUUCUGAUGAUCCUCUAGGGUGAGUCCUACUUAUUUUUAUAGCCUCAGUAUGCGUGUACUUUAAGAAACUGUUUAUGACUGUUACAGAUGUAUGAAUUUAGUGAAUGAUGCAACAAUUUAAAUAUUUUCAUUAUUAUGUUACAAUAGAAAUCAGUGCAAAACUCCCAAAUAAUGUAAAGAUAUGCAUCGGUAUACUCCGCAUUUACAGACCACAGGUUCUAAAUAAUUCUUACAUUGGAAAGUUCCAGGAUCUUUUAUUUAGUGUGUGAUGACUGUUACCAUUUUGACUGGUAGUUAACUAUGUUUUGAGGCAAACACUUUAUAAUUUUUUUUAAUCUUUCAAUUCUAGAGUCAAGCGUGAACUGUCCUCUUUUGUUUUUGUUGUUUUAUAGAUAUUAUUGUCCUAACAAUUAAAUAUGUAAAUUCA